AUGAGGCCCUCCCUGCAGGCAGUCGCGCUCUGGGGAAAGAAGGCCCCUUCCCACAGCAUCACUGCCAUCAUGAUCACUGAUGACCAGCAAACCAUUGUGACGGGAAGUCAAGAGGGUCAACUUUGUCUCUGGAGUCUCUCACCUGAACUAACGAUUUCAGCAAAAGAACUUCUGUUUGGUCAUUCGGCUUCAGUAACAUGUUUGGCAAGAGCGAGAGACUUCUCUAAACAGCCCUAUGUCGUUAGUGCUGACGAAAAUGGGGAGAUGUGUGUUUGGAAUGUCACCAAUGGGCAGUGCGUGGAGAGGACCACCCACCCUUACAGGCACACUGCAAUCUGUUAUUACCACUGCUCAUUCCGGAUGACAGGAGAAGGCUGGCUUCUAUGUUGUGGAGAAUAUCAAGACAUUCUUAUAAUUGAUGCCAAAACCUUGGCUCUUGUUCAUACCUUCACAUCAUCCCAGUCUCCUGACUGGAUCAACUGCAUGUGCGUCGUUCACUCCAUGAGAAUUCAAGAAGACUCUCUCUUGGUGGUAUCAGUUACUGGUGAACUCAAAGUGUGGGAUCUCUCUUCAUCUAUCAACAGCAUUCAGGAAAAGCAAGAUGUCUAUGAAAAAGAAUCCAAAUUUCUUGACUCGCUGAACUGCCGGACAAUAAGAUUUUGCACAUAUACGGAGAGACUUCUUUUGGUGGUAUUUUCUAAAUGUUGGCAGAUUUACGAUUAUUGUGAUUUUUCCCUUCUGCGGACUGAAGUCAGUCAAAGCGGGCAGUUCUUUGCCGGUGGAGAGGUGCUUGCGGCCCACAGAAUCAUCAUCUGGACAGAAGAUGGUCACAGUUACAUCUAUCAGCUGCUGAACAGUGGGCUUUCAAAAAGCAUCUACCCUGCUGAUGGAAGAGUACUUAAAGAGACCAUUUAUUCUCAUUUACUGUGCUCGACUUCUGUGCAGGAAAAUAAGGAAAGGAGCCUUCCCUUUGUCAUGGGCUACAUGAAUGAAAGGAAAGAGCCUUUUUAUAAGGUACUUUUCUCUGGAGAAGUCUCAGGAAGAAUUACUCUGUGGCACAUCCCUGAUGUUCCUGUAUCCAAGUUUGAUGGUUCUCCCAGAGAGAUACCAAUAACCACCACCUGGACCCUUCAAGAUAAUUUUGAUAAACAUCAUAUCAUGUCACAAAGUAUUAUCGACUACUUCUCUGGGUUUAAAGGUGGAACUGGAACUGUGGUAGUCACUUCGUCAGAGUAUGUUCCGAGCCUUGAUAAACUGGUCUGUGGCUGUGAAGACGGGGACAUUUUCAUUACACAGGCUUUGAGUGCUGCCAAAGCAGGACUUCUGGAAGGCGGUUCUUUGUUAAAAGAUUCCCUUCCUUACAAAGUUCUCAAAGGCCAUCACCAAAGUGUUAUUUCAUUACUUUACCCACAUGGUCUCUCUUCAAAAUUAGACCAAAGUUGGCUGGUGUCUGGGGACCAGGACUCAUGUGUCAUCAUGUGGGAUAUCUUUACUGAAGAAAUUUUGCAUAAGUUCUUUUUGGAAGCUGGCCCAGUAACAAAUCUUUUGAUGUCACCAGAAAACUUCAGACUGAGAAGUGAUCAGGUAGUUUUCUGUGUGUGCAGUGACCAUUCCGUGGCUCUCCUGCACCUUGAGGAGAAGAGGUUCCUCUUUUGUGCCCGGAAGCACCUUUUCCCUGUGAGGAUGAUCAAAUGGCAUCCAGUUGAGAAUUUUUUAAUUGUUGGAUGUGCCGAUGACUCCGUUUACAUCUGGGAGAUUGAAACAGGCACUUUGGAAAGACAUGAGACGGGAGAAAGAGCAAGGAUUAUUCUUAAUUGUUGUGAUGAUUCACACUUUCUAAAGCCUGAAUCUGUACUUUCAGUUGCCUCAGAGACACAUAAGCACAAAAGUGUAGAACAGAGACCCUCCAGCUCCUUCCAGUUUGGGCCAAUACCUUGCCCUGGUCUGCAAGUGGAGUCUUCAUGUAAGGUUGUGAAUGCCAAGUCUUUCUCGGGUCCUUUUAACGUGUUGCCUGUGAAGACAAAAUGGAGUAACAUUGGCUUUCAUAUCCUUCUAUUUGACUUGGAAAACCUUGUUGAACUUCUGCUGAUGACUACAAUCUGUGACAGUGACCCUUCCAAUUCAUUCAAUGGUAGUGAGAUCCCGAGACGAGCCAAAAGUACAGUGGAGAAGAAAACAUUGACGCUGAAAAGAAAUAAAACUGCCUGUGGUCCUCUCCCAGCAGAGGCACAAGCCAAGCCUGCUAGUGAAACCCCAGCCCAAGGGGAUAACUCCAUCACAGUUUCAGAAGAAACUGAUGGCAUUAAAAGGCAGAAGAAAAUGAAGAGCUCCAAAAAGACACACCCUAAGCCAUCCAGAAAAGUUGAUGCCAACCUCAUAAUAGAUGCAGCCAAACUGCUCCUAUCUUGCCUUUUGCCCUGGGGAGUGGAUAACGAGUUAGAUAACCUCUGCAUUAAGCAUCUCAAUAUUUUGAAGCUUCAAGGCCCUGUCUCUUUGGGACUUGCUUCAAAUGAAGAUCACUUCUCACUGAUGUUGCCAGGUUGGGAUUUAUGCAAUGCUGAAAUGAAAAAAGACUAUUCAAAAGUAAAUUUAUUUUCCAAUAAAGUUCUGGACUUGUCAAAUAAAUACACGUCUGCUCUUCCAAAUCAGGCUGGGAUGCCAAGAGGACUGGAAAAUAAUCGUGAUUCUUUGCAUGAGUCAAACACUCUAGUUUAUUUAUUGAGAAGACUAUUUUUGGUUAACAAAUUAGUUAACAUGCCUGUAGAAUUGGCACAUGAAAUGGAUAGCUCCUUCAAAAUGGAAUCUGUGCAUAACAAAAUGAAAAGUCCUGGGAAUGAUAUUUUGCAUAUUUCAAGCUUCUACAGUCAUUUACGAAAUGGUAAGAAUGAACCCCAUAUACCUGAAGCUGACAUUUCACUUCUGAAGCUCAUUUCCUGCUGGAGGGACCAGUCUGUGCAGGUCACUGAAGCAAUACAAGCUGUUCUCUUGGCGGAGGUUCAACAGCACCUGAAGACCUUGAGAAAGACACCAGUCAACAGUCAACCAAGGUCCAUGACUGAGAAUGAGAACUAUCAGACAAUGCAGACCCAGUCGAAAAUGGAAUGGGCCGAGGAGCUCGAGUUACAGUGCAUUACAGACCAUUUGUCUCUGCAAACUUCAGCCAGUCUGGUCAAGCAUGGCAGCAACUCGAACUCGGCAAACUUCCAAGACACUGAGGACAUGCCUGACAGAUGUGUCGUGAAAGAGUCUGAGAGUCCAGGUGAGCCAAGGCAUCGUUCAUGGAUAGCAAAGAUGUGCUUCUGUAAGCUGUGCUAA